AGAAGGAGCAACGCAGCGUAGCUAAUAAUAUCAUCGGUCUUUUAAAUCCCUUUCGACGCGUAUAGCACAUACACGCGUGAUUUAAACGCUAAUUAAAUACCGAGUAACUUGCGAGUGAAUCGAACAUCAGCUAGUCAUACGAUUAAUAACUCGGGUAAUCUUUCAGAAUGGUGUCUCGGUGACCGCAUAUGUGGCGGCUGUAAGCAGACGCCAUCUUCACUGGUACUGGCAUCGGCCACGUCCUUAAUUAAUGGGAGAGUGUCUUGUUUAGAUUGUUGAUGCAGUCGUCGGAAUAAUUUCGCUCCGAUAUUGAAUACCACAGGAUAACCACAAGAUAGUAAACAAAAUGCCAUUAAGGUUAGACAUCAAACGGAAGUUGACUGCCAGAUCGGACAGAGUGAAGAGUGUGGAUCUUCAUCCGACCGAGCCAUGGAUGUUAUGUUCUUUAUAUCAAGGCAAUGUCAACAUCUGGAAUCACGAGACGCAAACUUUGGUGAAGACGUUCGAGGUGUGCGAUCUGCCGGUGAGAGCGGCCAAAUUUGUGCCUCGCAAGAAUUGGGUGAUCACCGGCUCCGAUGACAUGCAAAUCAGAGUGUUUAAUUACAACACCCUGGAACGUGUUCACACAUUCGAGGCUCACAGCGAUUAUGUCAGAUGCAUAGCUGUGCAUCCAACGCAACCGUUCAUUCUCACCAGCAGCGAUGACAUGUGGAUCAAGUUGUGGAACUGGGAGAAGUCCUGGAUCUGCCAGCAGGUGUUCGAAGGGCACACGCACUACGUCAUGCAGAUCGUCUUCAAUCCAAAGGACAACAACACCUUCGCCAGCGCGUCUCUCGACAGAUCCGUCAAAGUGUGGCAGCUCGGCUCGCCCACGGCCAACUUCACGCUGGAGGGCCACGAGAAGGGCGUGAACUGCGUGGAUUACUAUCACGGUGGCGAUAAACCGUACCUGAUAUCCGGAGCCGACGACAAAUGCGUGAAGAUAUGGGACUACCAGAACAAGACCUGCGUGCAGACGCUGGAAGGGCACACCCAGAACAUCUCGGCGGUGUGUUUCCACCCGGAGCUGCCGAUCGUCCUCACCGGCUCGGAGGACGGCACCGUCAGGAUAUGGCACGCCGGGACCUACCGGCUGGAGUCCUCGCUCAACUACGGCUUCGAGCGAGUGUGGACCAUCGCGUGCAUGCGUGGCUCGAACAACGUCGCCAUCGGCUACGACGAGGGUAGCGUAAUGGUGAAGGUCGGCAGAGAGGAACCGGCCGUGUCGAUGGACUCGUUGGGCGGCAAGAUCGUGUGGGCGAGGCACAGCGAGAUCCAGCAGGUGAAUCUGAAGGCGUUGGGCGAGGAGGCUCAGGACGGGGAGCGGCUGCCGUUGGCGGUCAAAGACAUGGGCGCCUGCGAGAUAUACCCGCAGACUAUACAGCACAACCCGAACGGGAGAUUCCUGGUGGUCUGCGGCGACGGCGAAUACAUCAUUUACACGUCCAUGGCGCUGAGAAACAAGGCGUUCGGACAGGCGUCGGAGUUCGUAUGGGCGGCGGAUUCGAGCCAGUACGCGGUCAGGGAGAGCAACACCACCGUGAAGGUCUUCAAGAACUUCAAGGAGAAGAAGAGCUUCAAGCCGGACUUCGGGGCGGACGGCAUCUUCGGAGGGUUCUUACUCGGCGUCUCGUCCGGAUCCGGCCUUUCUUUCUUCGACUGGGACACGUUGAAGUUGAUUCGUCGCAUAGACAUACAGCCUACGCACGUGUACUGGGCUGAGAACGCCUCCUUGGUAGCGCUGGCCACGUCGGAUCAGUAUUUUAUAUUAAAGUACCACGCGGACGCAGUCGCUAACGCCGAGGAAAACGCCGAGGACAUCGAAAAUGCGUUCGAAAUGGUAGCGGAGAUGAGCGAGGUGGUGAAAACCGGCUUAUGGGUUGGCGACUGCUUCAUCUACACCAACAGCGUGAACCGUGUGAAUUACUUCGUUGGCGGCGAGGUGGUCACGGUCUCCCACCUAGACAGGCCGAUGUAUCUGCUGGGAUACGUGCCGAGAGAUAACAGAUUGUACCUGUGCGACAAGGAGCUGUCCGUCGUCUCGUAUUCCUUGUUGUUGUCAGUGCUGGAAUACCAGACCGCGGUGAUGCGAAAGGAUUUCGAGACUGCCGACAGAGUACUGCCGACCGUUCCCAAGGAACACCGGACGAGAGUGGCUCACUUCUUGGAAAAACAGGGUUUCAAAGAGCAAGCGUUAGCGGUCUCGACGGAUCCCGAGCACAGAUUCGAGUUGGCGCUCGCGCUGGGGAAUCUGGUGACCGCGCACACGCUCGCCAAGGAAGCGAACAGCCAGCAGAAGUGGCGGCAGCUGGCUUCCCUCGCCACGCAGAAGGGCAAGCUCUUCCUGGCGAAAGAGUGUUUGUAUCAGGCGCAGGACUUCGGCGGCCUGUUGCUGUCGGCCACCAGCACGGGAAACGCGAACAUGAUCGAGAAACUCGGCACGAUCGCGGACGAGACGGGCAAGAACAAUAUAUCCUUCUUGGCCAACUUCAUAUUGGGCGACGUGGACAAGUGUCUGGACAUUCUGAUCAAGACGAACCGAAUCCCCGAGGCCGCGUUCUUCGCCAGGACGUACGCCCCGAGCAAGAUAUCCGGCAUCGUGAAAUUGUGGAAGGAGAAAUUAUCGGCGGUGAGCGAGAAAGCCGGACAGAGCCUGGCGGAUCCCGAACAGUAUGAGAAUCUGUUCCCCGGCUACAGAGAAUCCUUGAAGGUGGAAAAAUUCUUGCGCGAUGAGAGCAAGAAGAAGAUUCCAGCCUCCGCGUUCCCCAACGUCACGCCUAAUAUCGAGCGGAAGCCGCUGGAGGAGAUGUUGGCCGCCGAGCAGUCGGGCGCGUUUCAAUAUAACGACGGUCCGAGCAGCGCACCAGAGGCCGAAGCGAUGACUGAUAGACUGCAGGAGCUCUCGAUAUCGGGAAAAGACAACGACACCGCCGCGAAGCUCGUGCCCACAUCCGUACCCGAGAAAACGGCGAAGCUCGCGCCCACAUCCGUACCCGAGAAAACGGCGAAGCUCGCGAGUAGUUCCAGGCCUCUCACGGUGGACGACGACGACCUUGAUAUCGAUCUGGAGAUCGACGACACUAUUGAUACCACCGGUGUCAAUCUCGAUGACGAUCUCCUCGAGGAGGAUUAACCGUCGAGACGGGAGAUGAGCGAAGAUGCACGCGUCAUACAAGUAUCUUUCAUUCUCCUUCUGCCAGUCAUUCCUCGUAUGGUGAAAAAGAAAGACGAAGAACGGGAAAGAGAGGGAAGGAGGGAAUCAUUUAGAAUUGAAUAUUGAAGAGCCACGAAAUCAUCUCUGUCUCCUUUUCCGUGCGCAAGUGUGUUUAUAUCACUGCGAAAACUAACGAAGGUAGGACAGCGCGUAUUUGCCGGCUGGCGCUUCGGUGAUUAAAGAUUAAAUAUAUUGUUAAUAUAACAGGAAGUAUAACGUGCUUGUGUCGCACUA